CUGGUACCACGCUUGCAACGCACUGCCAUCCAAGCCACCCGAUGAAUCAGAUUCAGUGCGGCUGUACGUAAACUUUGUUUAUAUUAAUUGUUUGCAUCUAUGUAGCACACCAUGACUAUGCAGUAUAUGUAUCCGCAGGCCAUCAACCAUGGAGAAGCUGCAUUUCUAUACCCUCUGCAGCCCUGGUGGACGUAACUUUCGAAUUUCGCCAGGCCUCUCCCGUUCCCAAUUAAUUAACGCUUUCGCAAGUCAGAACACAACUUGAAUGAUCAAACUGUUUUCUAUAACAGGUUUGCAAAACUCAGUAUAGGCACGAUGAGCACUUUCGAUGCAAGGGUGGUGAUCGGGCCAGUCCAAGUCUGUGGGCUUUUGAGCGCUGCAUUAUUCGGCAGCCUUGCCUGCCAGACCUACUUGUAUUUUGCAAGAUUCGCAAACGAUCACAUCGCCCUGAAAGCAACUGUAUCUGCAGUCAUCUUGAUUCAGCUGGGCCACUUUGUCUGCGUUAUAUCGACGUUGUGGACGAUGACUGUUAGCACCUAUGGUGACCCAUAUCAACUCAGCGUGCUUCCUCUUGCUUUAGAUCUAGCCGUUCCGUUGAGCGGUUUGACAGUAUUCGUUGUGCAGUCAUUUUACGCUUUUCGGCUUUGGAGGUUAACUAAAAAUGUUUUCUUGCCCAUUUUUUGUCAAAUGCUCUCCGUGCUCGCACAAAUUUCCACGUUCGUUGUCACGGCAAAGGCGAUUUCUAUGACGAACGUCGUCACUUUUGGGGAACAACAAUUGGGGCUGAUUGAGGUCUCUUUCAUCGCACGUGCGGCCUGUGACUUGAUCACCACCGUUGGUAUUGCCUGGGGUCUAAAGAAGCAACGGGUCUCUGACAUCAGAGGCACGAGCACGAUGAUUGAUCGAUUGAUUAAAUGGACAAUUGAAACUGGUCUAAUCACCAGUGUGAUGGCCUUUACAUUGGCAACGUGGUUUCUAGUCCUGAAGCAGCAGAACUUUAUGUGGAUUGGAGUAUGGUUGCUGUGGCCUGAUGUCGUAGGGAACACCUUGUUAGCCUCGUUGAAUCGUCGGUGGCUUCUUCGGGACAAUGCCCCAAGAACGGGUACUCAGAGUUAUGAUAUGAACACGAUUGUGUUUAGCACCAGAGCUGCGCAACCACAGGCAGACCCAUUGGAGAGCUUCAAGGACCGAGAUAUUCAAGCGUUCCAAGAAGCGGAACACGCAAUCAAUCCGGGACAAAAGCCGAUUCAUAUACGAGCAAUUGUUUGACAGAUAACGAAACUUGUUGCUGGCUAUGAGGCUCCAGAAUGUACGACGAAAUGAUAUGUAGAUUGACAUAGAUAAGACAUAAAAUAUAUGCCCAUAUGUUGCCCGACCA